GGAAUACGUUUUGGUAAAUACAACGGAACAGUUACAAUGGAUAUUCAAGUUACUAAGCUACAAUUUGAUGGUUCAUUAAUGGAAAGCUCAAGUGUUUGGGUAAUUAACAAAGCUAUUCGAAAAUUUCGAUUUAAAUAUUUAAAAAAACAAGAAAUUCAGUUAGGCGAAGUUAAAGCGGAUAAUUAUAAAGUAGUAACUGGUAUACGAUUUGAAGAGGUUAGCGAUGGAGUACAAUUACAAGUGAAAGUAAAUGAUCUGCUAAAAUGUUCAAAAGGAAAAAUACUAUUAUCGACAACAUCUUCCUGGAUAAAGCCAAAUUUAGGAAUGAAAGCAAACGCUAACCUUGACCUGGCAUUAGAUAAUCCAAGUCGAGGUGAAAAGAAACACCCAGCUUCUAUACACAAUUUUACUAAAGAGCGAAUUAAAAUUUCAUUAACGAGUUUUGAAGACGAUGGAGCCCAAACGGUCAUUCCAUUUUUUGAUACUCGUGAAGUUAUACUUCCGCACCCCCUACCUUUGCGUGGAAUUGGUUUAGUUUAUAAGACAUCAGGAGAAAUGUGUGGAGGAUUUGUAGCACCAUACAUUAUCUUGGCUGAUUUAUCAACAGAAAUUGAUUCAAAAUCUUUAUUUUUUUUGCAAUCACGAUUAUCAAGUGGACCUAAAAAUACUCAAUUUGAUUACGUUUUGAUAAUAAUUUUGAUAUUAAUCAGAUUGUUAACUCAUUUAAUUAAUUAUUAGUAAAAUUAAUCAAUGUUGCCUAUUUAUAUCAAUAUAGGUAUUUGUACUAUGUUAUUAUCUAUCCAAUCUAGGAAACAAAUAACGUAAUUCAAAUAAUGAACACUACAAAGUGUACCAUCAAUCACUUGUCAAUGUAAUUUUCAAUUUGUA